GCAAAGACUUCAUCAUCAAGAUUGUAGUGCGAUUUCUCCGAGAAAUUCGCGCUCGCCACCCGAGGAUUUGGCCAAUCACAAUUCAUCGUUGGUGGCCUAGCUGUGCCCAAUGCCCACUCCUCGAUCACGACACUCGGGGUUCGCUCGGCGUCAUGAAGAAAGUUCAAUGCAAAUGGUCGAAAGACCAGAUGUAUAAACAACGAAUAGCAGCUACUAAAAGAGGUCUUUUUGGACCGACCUUUCCCUACUCCUGAGGUCGUCUCCACCUGGCUUCCACUCAAAUACCCUGGCGGGCCUGAACCAUCUACUCAAACCUACGGCUUAAGCUACACUCAUCGCACGAUGGAUCCAACCUCGACUCGCUGCUCCGUAGACGGCAUGUCACCCUCAAAAGCAUCAACGAUCCGUUUGUCCCAUGACAUCCCACGGGAAAACUCAACAUCAUCAACGUCAUCCACCAAGCCAACAUCAACGGGGUCAAAACUCGUGGCAGCGCUGAAGAAACCAUUCCAAGGCUGGUCGAAGGAACUGUUGGCCGCACGUGACGGGCUGGACGACGAUUAUAACUUCGCGAGUGGUCGCAGACUCGAUCGGUUGUAGGGAAGUGAGGAGUGAAGAAGAAAAGGGCAUGAGUUGUGAUUGAGAGAAAAGGUUUGGGUGAACCUUUGCCUUGAGGCUUUACAACGGAUUGCAUUGCAUCGCCCGGCAUGGCGAUUUCUUUGGGCAUAUAUCGUAUCACUAGAUCUACAGUUCAAGUCACCGUUCCCUCUAGCUUGAUCGUCAGGAGCCGCUUAAUAAUUUAUUGUAUACAAAACUCCAUCAAGAAUGGACUCUACAACAAGCCGUAAUAUGAAAGAAAUGAUUGAAAUAUAUGAGAUUUGGCGUAAGCUCGGAUGAGCCUACGUAGAUUCGUGUGUAUGGUGCCCUUUUUCGUGAACAUAGGCCGUGACAAUAUUCUCCUCCUCAUGAGUAACCAGCUCCAUAAGUCAAGGAUUCUUGCUAACACAACCAUCGCAACUUCCAUCAUUGCUCGUGGAACCUCCCGUAAUCGUCACUAUCCUGUGGCCAACUUCGUCCUUU